CCACUGCGGCACGGUCGGCGUUCCCACAGGCACCGAACCGCGGGCGCGCUCCGCGACGACGACAUCACCCCCGACGCGACUUCGAUCAGGCGGUCGACACGCGGUGGACGAAACCGUAUCCAUCGCGGGUGCCGGCGGGCUCGAUUCUGCAUUUGUUUACAUUGAGGAUCCAGCCGGUGUGAAGGCUCACGAUAUACACAGACGAUAAGACGUGUUUUAAAGUGUCAUUCAGCGUAAUUUUUUUUUUUUCAUUUGACCCUGCGUCACGCGAAGUUGCGCAGUUGUGUUUGCUAACGACCUUCACUCUGAGAAGUAAUGUUUUUGUGCUAAUUUAGGCUACCAGUUCCCUCAGUAUCGCCAUUCAUCUGACAGUGAUUGGCGACGUGCCAGUAGGAAGGGAAAUUAGCUCGUGUUGUACAGCUGUGUUAUCUUUCCGAGUUCUUUUUGUCGUUGCGAGACGAGAUCAGCCGGGCGGAAGUGAUCUGCGCAAGAGGCGGUGACCGGAAUAUGAAGCUGUGCGCUGUCGGCGCCUGAAAUGCAGCCACAGCAGAGCACGUCCAACAUGAGGAACAGCCACCACCACAGCCAUAACCACCACCAUGCCAACGGACAUCUCAAGACCAACGGACACAUCCCGAAUGGCGGUGCAGCGGCCAACCGGCUGUGGACGAAUGGAUACGUGUCGCGGCCCGACGACAAGCAGUCGACGCUCUCGAGGUACUGGACGGCGGAGCGGCCGCGCGCCGGCUCGUCGGCCAGCCACAGCUACGCGGCGGCGCGCAGGGCGUGCCGGGAGCGCGGCGUGCUCUUCCAAGACGCCGACUUCCCGGCCACGGCGCGCUCCAUCUCGCCCAGCAAGAAGACCGCGCCGCACCCCAUAGUCUGGCUGCGGCCCACGGUGAGUCGCCGCUGCCCGUCUAGCGCCCAAAUGACUAGCUCCAAUGAGGAAUUUUUAUUAUGA